CUUUCGGUUGCUACACAACGCCGUCCAUGCGCUCAUUUUCUGUCUCUCUCUCACACACUCUUUGUCGUGCAUUAUGUGCGUAAUAUCUGAUCGAAAGGCUAGUUAAUGACAGUUCAACGAUCAAAUUCGUAGCUAAUGACUAAAUUGUGCAAAAACGAAUACCUCCCUGCGAUCGAAAACAUUCAUUUUGGGAAUAACAAUUCACCCAUAAAGUUCUCAGUGAUAUCGGUGCUCCUGGCAUGUGCCAUAACGGCGGCUUUCGGAGACAUCCGGACUCAACAUAAAAACAUUACAUGCGAAACACUGGAUCCAUCGUAUGCGGUGAUUCCUGUGUGUCGCCUGAUGGAGCUGCGGCCUGGCAUUAUCGGAGCUAAUUUCCACAUGAAAAUCCUUAAGCUACCAAUUCGGAAGGGGACAGUCAACUUCAGCGUCUGGAGGAAACUCACCGGCUACCAUCCGUUCCUGUUUAACGUCACCUUGAACUUUUGCCACUACAUGAAGCUCCCGAAUCCCCUUCAUGUCUUCUACUACUUCUAUGGGGCCAUGUUGCCCUUCAUCAAUAUGAAUCACACUUGCCCCAUCAAUCACGAUAUUAUUCUGAAAGACUUUGUUUUGGAUGAUCAAAUGUUCUCCAAAGUGCCCGUACCCAAAGGGAGCUACAUGUUCAUCAUCAAAUUCAUCACCGAGGGUGUGUGGAGAGGCACAGUUCACUCCUACUUAGACAUUAAUCAAAUCAAAUCAAAUUAAGUCUGAUUAAAAUUGUUGUGUUUUGGAAAAUUAUAAAUUUUCCAUCACAGCUGAAUGCUGAACAGGCUUUGAGUGUUGCAUCUUUCCCCGCUAAAAAUGUAAUCAAAUUUCAUUAAGAUCAGUAGUAAAUACAAUAGAAUCUAUCGUGCGACACCGCAAGGCUAGCAGAGAUCAGUGACGUCCCAUUUAUAAUCGAAAAGAGAGUUACAGGUGGGGGUAUGACAGAAUUUGGGAAAAUUAGUGAUACUUGACUGCCUUCUGAAAGAUGCGCUGUGGAAAAUUAUUUCUCAUUUCCCUUUUGGA